AUGUCGGGCAUCGAAGACUUGCUUUCCCCUCAAUAUCCGGGUGAUGACACUCGACCAACCAGUAAGCGAGAAAUCACAGCUUGGUACAGCUAUGGAUGGGCCGCGGAAGUGUUCGUUGUGUGUGCGAUGGGAUCCUUCCUUCCCAUAACGCUGGAGCAAAUGGCUCGCGACAACGGACAUCUUGCUGACGACAAGACCCGGCCAUGUCAGGCUAGCCACAUAAGUACCUUCUCCGCCGACCUCCUAAUGAGUCGGUCGAAUCAAUGUGUUGUCGAUUUGCUCGGACUGGAGAUCAAUACCGCAAGCUUUGCGAUGUAUACCUUUUCACUUAGCGUGCUUAUUCAAGCGCUACUCAUUGUUACAAUGUCUGGUGCUGCAGAUCACGGCAGCUAUAGAAAGUCUCUAUUGAUACUGUUCGCAUGCGUCGGGUCCAUAGCAACAAUGCUGUUCAUUGCAGUACAGCCUCAGAUCUAUGUCUUUGCGGCGAUUCUGGCAAUCAUCGCGAAUACAUGUUUUGGAUCAUCGUUCGUCCUUCUCAACUCGUUCCUGCCACUCCUCGUUCGGCAUCAUCCUGCAAUGUUGCGCAAGGUCGUCGAACCACCAAGUAUGCAAGUUACUAAUGACGAACUCGAUGCUGCUACCCCUCACGAUAUCAACACACCGUUACUUCAAACUUCCCAAGUCCCGGCUGAAGCCCCCCCUUUACGUAGCAGUUAUUCAGAUGACCCAGAACAAUCGACUACCGCUUUGCGUCUUUCUACACGAAUCUCUGCUAACGGCAUGGGGAUAAGCUACAUCGGAGCUCUCUUGCUACAGGUAAUCUGUAUCAUUGUUGUGCAAUUCACGCAUCAAACUACGUUCUCAUUUCGUCUGGUUAUGUUUUUGAUUGGUCUUUGGUGGUUUACCUUCACUAUACCUUCUAUGCUAUGGCUACGGCCUCGACCCGGCCCUCCGCUGCCACCGCCGAGCGACGGGAAGACCACUCGCACCUGGCUUGGCUACAUGUCGUUCUCGUGGAAAUCUCUUGCUAGAACAAUCAUGCGAGCUCGGCGUCUCAAGGACGUUGCGUUAUUUCUUGCAGCUUGGUUCCUCCUCAGCGAUGGAAUUGCGACGGUUAGCGGAACCGCUAUUCUCUUUGCAAAAACCGAACUUCAUAUGCAACCUGCAGCACUCGGCUUGAUCAGCGUUAUUGGGACACUCUCAGGAGUUGUAGGUGCGUUUGCUUGGGGGUUUCUCUCACGGCAUUUCAAUCUUCGUGCCCAGUAUCCAAUCAUUGCCAGUGUACUUUUGCUUGAAAUCAUCCCAUUAUACGGCAUGCUAGGCUUCAUUCCGGCAAUCAAGAGACUGGGGUUCCUGGGGUUGCAACAGCCUUGGGAAGUAUACCCUAUGGGCGCCAUCUAUGGUCUUACAAUGGGGGGUUUGUCAGCAUACUGCCGAAGUCUAUUUGGCGAGCUCAUCCCUCCGGGAUACGAAACGGCAUUUUACGCUCUAUACGCGAUCACUGACAAAGGUUCGAGUGUGUUCGGUCCUGCGAUUGUCGGCGCAAUUACCGAUCGUUAUGGUGAGAUCAGACCCUCCUUUGUCUUUCUAGCCAUUUUGAUUUUCCUCGCCGUGCCCCUAAUGCUCUGUCUGGACGUGGAGCGGGGGAAACGGGAUGCACUGGCUCUCGCAGAAGAUUUAGACGAUCAACAUCACGAGUCAUAG